GUGCCACACAACAAAAGUGAAGCCCUGGAGCGCGCAGUUUCAGCUUCAAUAAGGAGCUGGUCGCCGUUUAACACACAAACCGCAAUUGUAUCGCAGUUUCCCGUCAAUUUAGGCAGAUUAGCAUUCUGCUCACUAGUAUCUUAAAGUAAAGCAUUCGUCUGCGGUUUUGUGGCCAACUUUUGAUCGAGCGGCGAAUACUCGAUAAAAUAUAGGACCAACAUCCAUUCAUGUGAUAGCAACUAUUUUUGGAGUUUUGUUUAACAAUUUAACCAUUGUUUACGGUUCACCUUGCUUUUCUUCUUUUGUUUUCCGUUUAAGGCUUUUUAUUUCAGGUUACAGUUUCUCAUUUUGGACUUUGGUCUUGUGUAAACUGUCCUAUUAGAAGAAACAUUAUCAAAUUCGAGAAGCGUGCUAUGCUUUUUCGGCAUCCAACCUUACUUCAGUAAAGUUUUAUACUCCUCAUGCCAAACGAUAUAUUGAGCUGCUCAUGGAAUCAGGAUUACACUUUUCUUGCUGUUGGCUCGGAACAAGGGUUCCGGAUCUAUAAAAGUCAUCCUUUUGCACUGUGUUAUUCUAAAGAGACGGAUCCUGUUCAAAUCGUUGAAAUGCUUCAUGCAACUUCCCUCAUAGCACUUGUCCAACUAGUCCCUAAAUCACCAAGAAUGCUUCGUUUAGUAGACGUAAAGACGGAUUCGAUUAUAGCUGAACUGUAUUUUCCUAGUUCGAUUUUCCAUGUUCGAUUGACGAGUGACAGAUUAGUUGUUUUAUUGGAUAAGCAACUUUUCCUGUAUUCUUUGAAUGAUUUGCAUUUGCUUAAUAUUUUACAAACAUCAACUUGCCUGCCUACGGCGGUUACAGUUGAUCGGCGAUAUAUGGCAUUUCCAAACAAAGUCAAUGCUGGAAACUGUGACAUAGUAAAUAUGGAAGAUGCUGAUGUUGUUGCGCUUAUAAAGGCACAUUCUACUGAGGUUUCUUGUAUAGCCCUUCAUCCAAAUGGGAAGUUGAUAGCCACAUCUUCAAAAAAGGGUACAGUGAUUAAGGUCUUUACAGUACCAGAAGGAAAUUUGAUAUGUUUACUGCGAAGAGGUUACAAACAUGCUUCCGUGAAUGCUCUCGCCUUUCAUCCUGACUUGGCUUUUUUAGCGAGCGUAUCUGAAAAUGGAACUGUUCAUAUAUACCGUUUGCCUGAAACUUCAGGAAAACAUGGCUUAAAUGCUGAAGUUCCGAAAGUGCAUUCGACAUCAAACUCAUGGUCAAAAAGUCUCUCAUCUCGACUGGCUCGUAUAUCAGAAGCUCAGCGAGAUUUUGCUACUGCAAGAAUCCCUGAAACUACUUUUGCAGGAAGUAUUUAUUUUUAUGGUCCAAGUUCUCAGAUUCAUAUUGCUUCGCUUUCAGGUCAUUACUAUUGUUUCAGUGUUAAUUACAGUAGCGGAGGCUCUUGCCCUUUGAUACACCAAUUCUCUUUUCAAGCUUAAGAUUUUUAUAUCUUAGAUUAUGUAUGUUAUCAACAGCGCUUUGAUUGGGUUCUUUUGGUAAAAACUUUGCAUUAUGAUUAAGUCCCCCAUUACAAGGUGACUUUUUGUUAUGAUUUUAUGUUGAUGAAUUAAUAAUAUUGAUGCUGCUGCACGACGAAAUGCUACGGUAAGAGAUGGUUCGAUGACGACUCGUGGUUAUAGGAAAAGCACCUUAAGAGAUUUAUGUAAAGUAACCCAUGUAAAAUUGUCUUGCAUACCGGAUGCCACUGCUCUAAAUCAGCAUAAUUAAAUGAAAAUGUUGAAAAAUUUACUUUUGGUUACAAAAUAUUGUAAUAAAAUCACUAUUACGCUAUUCGCCAAGCAAGAGGCACAGUUGUCAAAUUGAAUGUAUCCAAAU